CGUCGAGCCGAAUCUUUAGAUUUUCCGAGUAUUCUCUACAGAACGCCCAUAUCCCGCACGACUCGCCUGGUCGCCAAUCGAAGACCUCCUGCACUACCCUUCUUUUGUUAACCAGCCCCAAAAUGCCGAAAGCGAAGCGAAAGAGCCAGGGCGGGGCGGACAGCUCGCCCUACUCGAAACCGUCUGCGAAGGCUGCUGCAGCGCAUUCCAUCUUCAAGAUGAACACAGACCUCGGACAGCAUCUUCUGAAAAACCCAGGAGUAGCUGCUGCGAUUGUUGCUAAAGCCAAUCUCAAGCAGUCCGACCAUGUCGUCGAAGUCGGUCCCGGUACUGGAAAUCUUACUGUUCUCAUUUUGAAAGAGGCAAAGGCUGUGACUGCUUGCGAGUUCGAUCCUCGAAUGGCCGCCGAGUUGACCAAACGAGUACAAGGAACACCGUUGGAAAAGAAGCUUAAGAUUCUCCUGGGCGAUGUGAUCAAAACAGAACUCCCACACUUCGACGUUUGCAUCAGCAAUACUCCCUAUCAAAUUUCCUCCCCUCUCGUUUUCAAGCUCCUCAGCCUUCCGAACCCGCCCCGAUGCGCUGUUCUUAUGUUUCAAAGAGAAUUUGCAAUGCGUCUCUUUGCCAAACCAGGCGAUAAAUUAUACUCGCGCCUCAGUGUAAACGUCCAAAUGUUUGCCAAAGUAUCCCACGUCAUGAAGGUUGGCCGAAACAACUUCAACCCCCCUCCGCAGGUCGAGUCGAACGUCGUGCGCAUCGAACCCAAGAACCCACGACCACAAAUUAGCUACGAAGAGUGGGAUGGUCUAUUGCGUAUUGCAUUCGUGAGAAAGAACAGGACACUCCGCGCUGGCUUCCUCGGAACAGCUGCAGUGCUGGAUAUGCUGACGAGCAACUAUCGCCUGUGGUGUGCGCAAAACGACAUCCCGGUGGACGACUCCCCAGUGGCGGGUGAAGAUGAAGUAGAUGGAAUGGAAGUGGACCAGAUCGCAGAGCCAGAGGAGGAAUUCAAGGGAUUCUCUGAUGCCGAAGACGACGACGAGUUGCCCGAUUUCUUCAAGGAAAUGCAAGCGAAUCAGAAGAAGAAUGGUGUAAACAGGAAGAAGAGGGGAAGGGUGACGGAGCUGGUGCGGGAGAAGGUCCGAAAGGUUCUCGAGGAUGAGACGGAACUGGCAGAAAAACGAGCACGACUUUGCGACGAAGGCGAUUUCUUGAGGCUACUGUAUGCUUUCAACCAGGAGGGCAUACAUUUUAGCUAAAAACAACGCAACCUAAUGUUGAUACCAUUAGUCCAUGCAUUGACGGGCGUUUGGGCGCUUCAUAGAAGGUUUGAUUGCGAGGCGUUUGGAUGACACAAAAAUUACGUGGCAUACUUGUUUGGGGAUAUCAUGAUAUUGUAUUUUCAUAUUGGUCUAAACAGCCAUCUAUCAUUUAUACUUUCAUUAGACUGCCUCCUCGAACUGUCGGACCAAUUGUCCCUGUUCUUGUAGGUGAUCCUUAACCUGCUUGACAGUGUACUCUCCACGGUGGAACAUGCCAGCGCCGAGCGCGGCGUCCGUGGUCGUCUUAUCGAAAACCUCAUCAAAGUGC